UGAACCAGUUGAGGGCAGGCAGGGCGACAUGGUCCGCACCAGUUAGUUCCCGGGUCUGUGGAGUGGGACACUUUUUAUCCUAGCGGAGCACAGAAACCCGCAUCAGGAGCCGGACCGGGGUUUGGACCAGGACUCAGGAGCAGGCGGACCCGGACUCGGUUGGACCAGGACUCGUCAGAAUGGGAGCGGUGAAGUGAAGACCACCGAAGAGCUGCUCGGACUGCGUGGAUGAACCGAAGCACAAUGGUUCUACUCUUGUGGCUCGGCCUGUCCCUGCUGGUUGCAGUCCGGUCCAGCUCAGUGAAGAACUGCCACCCCGCCUGCCACUGCGACGUGGAGAGCUUCGGGCUGUUCGACAGCUUCAGUCUGACCAGGGUGGACUGCCGGGGUCUGGGUCCCGGUGCCUCCAUGCCCAUUCCCAUCCCACUGGACACCUCACAUCUGGACCUGUCUUCCAACGACAUGGGCCCGCUCAGCGACGCCAUGUUAGCUGGUCCAGGCUACACAACGCUGGUUAGCUUGGACCUCAGCUGCAACCACAUUACAAAGGUGAGCCCCAAUGCGUUGUCCAAGCUGCGUUACCUGGAGAGCCUGGACCUGAGCCACAACAACCUGGAGAGCCUGUCUCCACGCUGCUUCUCAGGGCUGCCUCUGGCCGAACUCGACCUCAGCCACAACAGUUUCCAGGAGUUUGACAUGGAGGUGUUUGCGUCUAAAGUGAACGGUGAGCCGCUCAUCGUGGAUCUGUCCCACAACAAGCUCGUGUCGCUCUCCACCAACCUGCACGGAAGAGUUUUACACAUUCAGAGCAUCAACCUGUCUGCCAAUCAUCUUGUGAACGUUCCCAGCAUGGCAGGGCUUCCGCUGAGGUACCUCAAUCUGGAUGCCAACCCCAUCACCAAGAUCAGGGAGGGAGCCUUCACCCACCUGAAAGAUUUAGCUUAUUUAUCUCUCAGUGGCCUUAGUGAACUGCAGGAAGUUGAACCAGACAGCUUUAAAGGUCUCCAGACCCUGCAAGUUCUGGAUCUGUCCAACAACCCUAAGCUCAAGAGUCUUAGUCCUGCAGUCUUCAACGGGCUAAAGUCCCUGCAGGAGCUGAAUUUAUCUGGUUCGGGUGUGGCGUCUUUGCCUACGAACUUGCUGACCCACCUGCCCACCAUCAAGAGUAUCACCCUUGGACAAGGAAUCCACUGCUGGAAGACCCAGAAACAGGGACAGUUCCACCGGCAGACGGGCCGGGUCCCACAUAAUGAGGUUCUGCUCUGUAAUGUGGAGGGAGUCGUGCUGUGAGACUGGACCGGAUCCUGAUCGCCUUCAGUCCUGACUGCAGGGCUGUGGCUCACCUGCUUUGAUAUGCAAAACAGUUUGUUGUUGUUGCUGUCGCCCAGUUAAAUCUGUUCCAGGGAGCAUUAUCUCUUAAGGUUUUAACGUAGCAUUCACAAACUGUGGACAAAUAAUCUUUUAUAAUGUUAUUUUUUCAGUGGACAGAACAACAACCCUGAUG